UCGAGCCGAGCGGACGCGCGAUUGUCUGUUAGCGGAUGAAAGUGGAAAAAAGAAGAAAUAUCGCCUCGAGAAAAUUUAGAACACAAUUUAUCAAACGCGCUAUCGCACCCCCCACUUGGAUUACGGUCAACGCGAAACUACAACGCAGCAAUAAAGAUAUAGAAAUCGAAAAACGAAAGCAACCAAAUCAAAAGAUAUAAAAGAAAAUAUAUAAUAGCCAGCGGGAAGAAACAAGAAAAUCGUUUUAGAUAAAGCAUUAAAUCGGUUGAAGUGGUGUUGUGAAAAGUGGCGAUUGUGCAAAGCUGCGCUAUAAAACCAAACAAAAAGCAAAAAAAUCCCAAAUAAACACACACUCAAAAUGGGCGAGAAAUAGAACGAGCAGUGAAAGACCAAAAGCAGCCCCCCUAUAAACCCCCGAAUAGCCAAAAUCGAAGCCCCAUUCGAAGUUUAGGAACCAUCCAAAAUGCUGGCCACCACCCACAUGCUGUACGUGCUGAUUGCCACCUGGGUAAUACCCAUUUUCGGGGCCGCCCUCAGCAAGACGGUGUUGUACCAGGCUCCCGACGAGUGCCGCUGGUCCGGCGGCGGGGAGCACGACAUCACCCUGGUCUGUCACCUGCGGACCAUCAACUCGGAGCUGGAGAACACCAACUUCAGCGUGAUCCAGCCUCAGAACACGGUUCGUCUGAGGCUGGAGUGCAACGAUGCCUUGUUCUUCCAGAGCAGCCUGAGCCCGGACAGCUUCAGAUCCCUGGUGGAGCUGAGGGACCUAACCAUCGAGUACUGCAAGCUGGGCAACCUCACGGACGGCUCGUUCCGUGGCCUCCAGGAGCUGAGGAACCUCACCAUUCGCACUCACAAUGGGGAUUGGUCCACCAUGUCGCUGGAGAUGGCCUCCAACAGUUUCGUGGAGUUCCGCCAGCUGGAGCGGCUGGACCUUAGUCUCAACAACAUCUGGCUCAUUCCCGAUGGCAUGGUGUGCCCCCUGAAGUCCCUGCAGCACCUGAAUGCCUCUUACAACAAGAUCCAGGACAUCAGCAACUUCUACUUCAGCGCCUCGUUGAGCUCCAGGAAGGCCCGAGUCUGCGGCUCCACGCUGCAGAGUCUGGAUCUGAGUGCCAACAAGAUGGUCAGCCUGCCCACGGCCAUGUUGUCGGCCCUGGGAAGACUCACCCACCUGAAUAUGGCCAAGAACAGCAUGAGCUUCCUGGCGGAUCGCGCCUUCGAGGGUCUCCUCUCGCUGAGGGUAGUGGAUCUCUCGGCCAAUCGCUUGACCUCUUUGCCACCGGAACUCUUCGCGGAGACCAAGCAACUGCAGGAGAUCUACCUGAGGAACAACUCCAUCAACGUCUUGGCCCCCGGAAUCUUUGGUGAACUGGCCGAGCUCCUGGUUCUGGACCUGGCGAGCAACGAACUGAACUCCCAGUGGAUCAAUGCAGCCACCUUUGUGGGUCUCAAGCGCCUCAUGAUGCUCGAUCUGUCGGCCAACAAGAUCAGUCGCCUGGAGGCGCACAUCUUUAGACCGCUGGCCAGUUUGCAGAUCCUGAAGCUGGAGGAGAACUACAUCGAUCAGCUGCCCGGAGGAAUCUUUGCGGAUUUGACCAACCUGCACACCCUCAUCCUUUCGCGCAAUCGCAUCUCGGUCAUCGAGCAGCGCACUCUGCAGGGUCUGAACAAUCUCCUGGUACUCUCCCUGGACUUCAACCGAAUCUCCCGGCUUGACCAGAGAUCCCUGAUCAACUGCAGCCAGCUGCAGGAUCUGCACUUGAACGACAACAAACUGCAGGCUGUGCCGGAGGCCCUGGUUCAUGUGCCCCUGCUCAAAACCCUUGAUGUGGGCGAGAACAUGAUCGGUCAGAUUGAGAACACGAGCAUCACGCAGCUGGAGAAUCUGUACGGUCUGCGGAUGACGGAGAACUCCCUCACCCACAUCCGGCGAGGUGUUUUUGAUCGGAUGAGCUCCCUGCAAAUCCUCAACCUGUCCCAGAACAAACUGAAGUCCAUCGAAGCGGGUUCUCUGCAAAGGAAUGGCCAACUCCAGGCCAUCCGUCUGGAUGGCAAUCAGUUGAAGUCCAUUGCUGGUCUCUUCACCGAACUGCCCAACUUGGUGUGGCUGAAUAUCUCUGGUAAUCGUCUCGAGAAGUUCGACUACUCGCACAUUCCCAUCGGCCUUCAGUGGCUGGAUGUGCGGGCCAACAGGAUCACCCAGCUGGGAAACUACUUUGAGAUCGAAAGCGAACUUAGUCUGAGCACCUUUGAUGCCAGCUACAAUUUGCUGACGGAGAUCACGGCCAGCUCCAUUCCGAAUAGUGUGGAGGUGCUCUACCUGAACGACAACCAGAUUUCCAAGAUCCAGCCGUACACGUUCUUCAAGAAGCCCAACCUGACCAGGGUGGACUUGGUGAGGAAUCGUCUGACCACCUUGGAGCCCAAUGCCCUUCGUUUAUCGCCCAUUGCCGAGGAUCGGGAGAUCCCGGAGUUCUACAUUGGCCACAAUGCCUACGAGUGUGACUGUAACCUGGACUGGCUGCAAAAGGUGAAUCGGGAGUCGCGCACUCAGCCGCAACUCAUGGAUCUGGACCAGAUUCACUGCAGGUUGGCCUACGCCAGGGGAUCCUCCCAUGUCUCCCUCAUCGAGGCCAAGUCGGAUGACUUCCUCUGCAAAUACGCCUCGCACUGCUUUGCCCUGUGCCACUGCUGUGACUUCCAGGCCUGCGACUGCAAGAUGGAGUGCCCGGAUAGGUGUUCCUGCUACCACGACCAGUCCUGGACCUCCAAUGUCGUGGACUGCAGCCGCGCUUCCUAUGAGCAGACUCUGCCUUCGCACAUUCCCAUGGAUUCCACGCAGUUGUAUCUCGAUGGCAACAACUUCCGGGAGCUGCAGAGUCACGCCUUCAUCGGUCGCAAGAGGUUGAAGGUGCUGCACUUGAACCACUCGCGGAUCGAGCUGCUCCACAACCGCACCUUCUACGGCCUCUUGGAACUGGAGGUUCUCCAGCUGCAGAGUAACCAACUAAAAGCGCUGAAUGGCAACGAAUUCCAGGGAUUGGACAAUCUCCAGGAACUGUAUCUGCAGCACAAUGCCAUCGCUACGAUCGACACACUCACCUUCACGCACCUGUACCACCUGAAGAUCCUGCGAUUGGAUCACAAUGCCAUCACAUCCUUCGCCGUCUGGAACUUCCUGCCCAGUUAUCUAAACGAAGUUCGUCUGGCGGCGAAUCCCUGGACCUGCAACUGCGAGUUCAUCGAUAAGUUCAGGGACUACGUGAACCGCCAUGAGUACGUGGUGGAUAAGCUGAAGAUGAAGUGCGAUGUGAUUAGUGGAAACGGCACCCAGCAGAUGGUCAUAUUCCCGGGAUCCGGAGAGGCCGGCUCCCUGCCCGUGGUGCAGUGCAGUCAGACCUUGCCCUUGGGUCUGGAUAACAACUUCAACUACGCGGAGCAGGCGGGUGGCGAGAACGCCUCAAAUGCCACCUCCACGAAAAUGAUCCUCAACCAGCCGCCCAAACUGGACUACAUACCCAUCCUGGUGGCCAUCCUGACAGCCUUUAUUUUCGUGAUGAUCUGCACCUCGCUGGUGUUCAUCUUCCGCCAGGAGAUGCGCGUGUGGUGCCACUCGAGAUUCGGAGUGAGGCUCUUCUACAACGCCCAGAAGGAUGUGGACAAGAACGAGCGGGAGAAGCUAUUCGACGCCUUCGUUUCGUACUCCUCCAAGGAUGAGCUGUUCGUCAACGAGGAGCUGGCUCCCAUGCUGGAGAUGGGUGAGCACCGCUACAAGCUCUGCCUGCACCAGCGGGACUUCCCCGUGGGCGGCUACCUGCCGGAGACCAUUGUCCAGGCCAUCGACAGCAGCCGGAGGACUAUAAUGGUGGUCAGCGAGAACUUCAUCAAGUCGGAGUGGUGCAGGUUCGAGUUCAAGUCCGCCCAUCAGUCGGUGCUGCGCGAUCGUCGCCGGCGAUUGAUAGUCAUCGUGCUGGGCGAGGUGCCCCAGAAGGAACUCGAUCCCGAUCUACGACUGUAUCUGAAGACCAACACGUAUCUGCAGUGGGGCGACAAGUUGUUCUGGCAGAAGCUGCGCUUCGCCCUACCGGAUGUCUCCUCCUCGCAGCGUUCCAAUGUUCCCGGCCAGAGUUGCCAUGUGCCCAUCAACCAUGCCGCUUACCACCACCACCACCAUGUCCACCAGCAGGCAAUGCCGCUGCCCCACUCGGUGCACCACCACCAGCAGCAGUUCAUGUUGCCACCGCCGCCCCAGCAGCCCGGCAGCUUCCGCCGGCAACCGUCCUUGCAGCAGCAGCAACAUCAGCAGCAGCAACUGCAACAGCAGCAGCAGCAACUGCGCGGCAGCAACAGCGCCACGCAGCAGCAGCAGCAACAGCAGGCGGCCUUGCUGAUGGGCGGUGGGUCGGUGGGUGGGCCUGCGCCGCAGAUGAUCCCCCUGGCGGGUGGCAUCCAGCAGCAGAGCCUCCCAUUGCCCCCCACCCAGCAGCCGACGCCGGCGUCUAGGAAUCUGCACAUGUGAGUGGGGUUACCAAGUGGUAAGAGGGUUAAAGGCGAGGACGGAAGAGCUGGAGAGGUGUUACGAGAUCAGUUCCUAACUCUAUUAACAACUUCUCAAGGAAAAUGGAUUAAAAAUCCAGCAUCCCUUUAUCAGAAACAGAACUCCCUGAGAAUAUCAAUUUUUACGAUGACCAUUACAUUCUUUGCCCGUCAGAGAGACCCAUUAAAAAGGGAAAUAGCACAAACCAGACCAUUCCUACGAUCUUGUUCGGUUAUGAAAGGUGAUCUAGAACAUUUGCGGGUCGAAAAAGUACUUACCCUCGCGAAAAACAAGUUUAACUUCCUCGGGUUUCAAAAUGCGCACAGAAAAAGGGGAAUUGCAUUCAAUAUGCAAAUGCAAGCGUUUAGCGAUAAAAGCCUAGUUACAUGUUAAAAUAGCAAAAGUAAAAGAAAAAUCGAGUGGGGCAAGAAACAGGCAGCACCAGGAACAAUAACAACAACAAGAGAAAAAGACAACAGUAAAAUAGCUGGCGAGCCAGGCAAUUGUUGUUUGUUGGCCCUGUUCUGUUUUCUUACGGCCAGCUAUUUUCAGUUUCCUGGCUCGCAGCUAGAUUCUGAAAAUUGAUGUUGCAUGCAACACACCAAGAGCAACUAGCAACUCGGAACUACACAGGGAAAAUAUAGGGUUUUUAAAGAGGUCUAAUUAUUACUUUUCAAUUUUAAACGAACUUAAAGAUUAAAGAGGAUUAAAGUUAAAGAUCCAUAUAGGAGGCUCUUGAUAGUAAAUAUAGAACAAAUUAAAUUUAUCUAUACAGAUACAUUGAAAAAAUUUUAAAUACCCUCAAAUACUCAUUAAAUAUUAAAAUUUUUAAUGUAUUUUUUUAGAGACCUUUUAUCAGUUCUUAAAUUGCAAUACUUAUUUUCGGUGUAGAUCCAACACCAACCAGUCAGUCAGCCACAAAAAGGCAGCAGGCCCAAAAGUAUUUCUCUUGGCUUUAUUUUCUUUUCCUCCUUCUUCUCCUUUAUUUUGUCGUUUUCCAGCAUUUUUUCGUUCGUUUUUCCUCGUUUUCCCCGUUUGCAACGCUCAGUCGUUAGUUCAUCUUAACUGCUGCAUUUUGCUAUAACAAGCUCGACGUGUGUAGAAGAUACACCCGUGUAUCUGUAUCUGCAGCAGCUGUAGUCGAAUGGGUAUUCGUAUCCGUGUAUCUGUGAAUGUGACUGCGCGGGUUGGGAAAAAUAGGCAAAGGCAAAACAUCACAGAGCUCAUGUCUGGCCAAAAGGAAAAUGGUAACAAAAAGCAGACCUUAGACGUUAGAAAACCGAAAACCCAGACCGUCUGCAGACGGUUGUUGAGCUGGUUGGGUUGAAAUUGGUUUUGGUUUUUGUUACUUCGUUCUCCUUUCGAGCCACAAUUACAUGUGCUAAUCAAUGGCAGAAAAAUAGAUAGCAGGGUAACAAUUGUGUGAGAAGGGAAACAAUUGUAGGGGACUUAGCUUUGAUAAAACGGACUUACAUCCAACAAUUAAUGCCAGUUAAUUGUAUCCCAGCAUAGGAGGAGAAUUCUCUUAUAAUAGAGCGAUAGACGCCCUUCUGCAGAUCACGCUAUGCCCAGAUUUGAUUAAAAAACAAAGCUUUCUUUUUCCCCAGCUAGUCAGAGAUUAGGGAGAAGUAGUCAGAAUUUCCCAGAGUGAAACUUCCAACUGUGACCUUGCUGCAGAAGAGAAAAAGAUACAAGUUUACCCAGCAGCCAUUGAGAAUCAUGGAAGGGAGAUCAGCACGUGUGUGUUCGGGGUUCUUGGCCCCCAAAGUUGUGUUUUGGCCAAAAUCGACAAGGCCAGAAAAGGAGGAACACGAGAACAGAGCCGUACAGAUUAGUUUGGUUUUGGCGAUUAAAAUCUACCUGGUUGUGUGCUACGCCCUCUCCAUUUCCACCUCUAUCUCGAACCAUCUCCAGCUCCGCCGACUUGCCAAUUUAAAAAUGCAUUCCAAAAGCACGAAACCAGAAACUAGUUAACAAAAUAAACACACUCUCUAGAAGGAUUCGCUUGGUCUAGACCGUAGAGUUAAAUGUAAAUAAGCUAAAUGUUAAUUGUAAUCAUUGUUUAAUCAUUGUGAUAUUUUGUUUUAGCACUAAGCCCUAAUUUAUUAAGAUGCGUACCAUUUUCCUACCAACCUAUGUUUAGACGUAAACUUAUCCUCAUUAGUUAGUCUAGUUCGUAAGUUAAUAAAUCGAAUCCGAAUCCACAACACCCCGCCUACGAGAUACAGCCAUAUUAAUUCUAUGAAAAUUAUUGUAAAUAAAAACAACUGAACAUGGACUGUAUGCACUAAAAUGAAAGAAAAACGAAUUAUGCGACACGAAUCAAACAAAUUGAAAACAUAAAUCGACUGAUUACAUGUGUACUAUAUAUAAAUAUGCAUAACAUUAAACUAUGAUUUACUCGA